AUGUUUGACGAGAGGGUAAAUGAAGAUGUGAGAUACAAGGAGUUUGAAGUUAUGGUCUCCUCGGCAAUUGAAGAUCUUACAACUGAUUCUGAGCUAAAAAAUGUGGAUUUGGUUUUCUUCCCCAUUGUUGAUGGGAAUUACUACCUCAUAUGUUUUAACCUUAAAAGUUUUUCAAUUUUGAUAAUUGAUCAAAGGAGAUUGGUGGGGACAGUUGAGUCGGUCUAUGGGAACAUACCCCAUGUGCUGCAAAAAAAUUCCUGCCGUUUUCUAAAUGAUGUCUAUAAGAAGAGGGUGAAGACCCUGAUGACAAGGAAUGUGGUGAUGUUGAAAAUGAAGUGUCAAGCAUACAACCAUUCAGAUGAUGGUGGAAUCUACCUUAUGCGACAUAUGGAGCGUUUUAUGGGGGAUCAAACAUCAAAGUGGGACUGUGGGCUAGCUGUGGAUUUUAUCCAUCAAGACCUUGGGAAUGACUGGAUCUGA